CUGAGUGAAAAGCAUCGUGACGUCACGCAAGAUGGCGGCUGGAGGGCCCGGGGUGACGGUGCUAGCACCGAACGGGAGACGGCAGACUGUCAAAGUGACAGCAAGGACUCCGUUGUUACAGGUCCUGGAGGAGGUCUGCAAGAAACAGAACUUUAAUCCAAGAGAGUACAGCCUAAAGUUUCAGAGAACGGUCCUUGAUCUCUCCUUACAAUGGAGAUUUGCCAACCUUCCCAACAAUGCCUCCCUGGAAAUGGUGCGGUGUGCUCAGGAACGUGUGGCAGCAGAACGCACGAAAGUGCGUGUGGCGGUACAACUGGAAACGGGUGAGAGGCUACAGGAUGAAUUCAUCUCUAGUCAGACUCUCUGGGAAAUCUUGUCUCAUUUUUUGCAAACCAGGACAUGUGUAGAACAAGUGGCUUCUGGGUACUGCCCUGUAUGUAUUUACAUGAGAGACGAGGUAACUGGGGAGAUGGCCUUGAAGCAGACAUCUCUGCAGUCUCUGGGCCUUACAGGUGGCAGUGCUAUUAUCAGGUUUGUAAUGAAGAAGUGCGAUCAGCCUGUAAGCAAUGUGCCCUUAACUAUACAAGAUGCCAAACACAGUGCGAAGUGCCCUAUGAGUGAGGAAGAGGGUGAACAACAUGCAGUACUGGAGCAUAUGAACCAUCCAGUUAAGACAGAGGAGAAAAUACAGCCUCCUGUUUUGGAAAAGGAAAGUGAACAGCCAUCUGUGACAAAGGAGGAGACAAGACAAUCUGCAGAGUCAGAAAAGGAGCAAGUGGUGACCAGACAAUCUGCAGAGUCAGAAAAGGAGCAAGUGGAGACAACUAUAAACCAAGUGGUGAAGGACCCUGAGAAACCUGCAAACAUAGUUGAAACAGGUGGAAAUGUGGGUGCCAGUGGUUUUGUGCCAAAGACUUGUCCUUGGAGCAAAGAACAGCAGAUUUCAGAAAAUAGAGCAUUAAACCAUGCUGGGCUUCUCCCCUCUGCUGUCUCUGCUCCCCCUCAGGUUCACACACAGACUACAUCAUUCAUCCCAUUUCAAGGGGGUGGACAUCGACUAGGUGGUGCCAAUGUACCUGCUGGGCCAUCAGAAGCAGAUGUGCCUAAUGCCACAGCCAAGGAGCCUGUUUGUAGUCCUGGACCUUCCAAGCCAAAGAAAUCUAAGACAAGUGAUGAGGAGGAUACGGGAGGCCAGCCAAUAGAACGAAAGCCCCUGGUGUUUAACAUGGACUUGGAGGAGCAGAUUAGUGAUCAGUCUGUGGAGCCAACAGAUGAAUUUUUUGAGAUCACAGUGGAUGAUGUGAGAAGAAGAUUUGCACAGCUCAAAAGUGAAAGGAAGCGAUUAGAGGAAGCUCCAUUAAUGACCAAAGUUCUGAGGGAGUCCCAAAUGAAAGAAAAGUUAGACCGAUACCCAAAGGUUGUACUUCGAGUUCUCUUUCCUGAUCGAUGCAUCUUACAGGGAUUUUUCUCCCCGACAGAGACAGUCGGUGCAGUGAAGGAGUUUGUACGCAGUCACCUGGAGGAUUCAAAGCUGCAAUUCUACUUGUUUAUCACACCUCCACGGACUGAACUAAAGGAAGAUAACAACACCCUAUUCCAGGCUGACCUUUUCCCUGCUGCUCUUAUACACUUUGGAACACAGACACCGAGAGAUCAUUUCCUGCGGAGGCAGCUUCUGGCAACUUCUGUGUCUUCCUCACAAGCCGACAUCUUAGUAGCCAGAACAAUGCCACAUAUCCCAACACCGUCUUCAAGUCCUUCGCUUUCAACUGGGAACGAUUUUGAACCAGAUGAACCUUUAAAAGAGCGACUUGUUGACCAAGAGGAAGAAACCGCACAGGAACACCAGCAACAAGGCCAAGUGGAAACUGGCAAAGUUCCUAAAUGGCUGAAGCUACCAGGGAAGAAGUGAGUCGAGCUUUUUGCGUGAGGAGUGAUAUGGCGCUUGCAUUAGGAAUGUCUGGAUGCCAGGGGUUUUUCUGCUAUCUCUGAUUGAUGAUGGGACCUUACACGAUUCUCAGAUUCUGCAGAUUAUUUAAUGCAGAUGUGGGUUCUUUGCUACUCCUGUUUAGCUUCUUGCCUCAGCUGUGCUGAGAAUCAGAAGACUUCAAUAAGUCUUAUUCCUGAAUCAAUAAAAUUGUUUAAAACCUC